UCAGCCAUAGCCUGCGCUGCGUUCAGCUCGGCCAUACCUUCUUGGAGAACAUCGACGUGGUGGAUGCCCCUCUCCUGGAGAGGCUCUUCCAGUGGCAAACUGUCGCCGCGCAGGGUUGCCGCGUCAUGGCGAACCGCUCUUUCAGAAUCAAGAUUGGGCGUGCACCUAACCUGCUUGUGCUGGGAUAUCUUAAGCCAGGAGAGCAAGAGUUGGUCAUCGUGGCUGGGAGCAAGGAGAACAUUGUCCCUAGUGUACAGAUUUUGGCCAUGGAGGUGCCAUUUGGUGUCCGCAAUGCUAUCAAGAAAGUGCCCGGUUUUCUGCGCUGUUUCCCCAACCUGGAGACGCUCCAUGUCCAGUCCCCCCGCAUACGUGAGGAGUCCACCGGCAAGGUCAAUCUCAAGUUCUGGCAGGAGGGUGGUCCCAUCAAAUGCGUCCUGCAGAGCAUGAAGAAGUUGUUCUUCUACGAGUUCCGAGGGUCGAGAAGUGAGCUUACUUUCCUCAAGUUUAUCGCGGAGAGAGGUCGGGUGCUGGAGCAGAUGGUGGUUGUGUUGGCCAGUGAGUGUUUCUCCUCGGGGGAUAACGUGAAUGCCAAGCUGAAGCCUCUGGCCGAUGCAAAAUGGAGCAGCAAAGCCUGCAAACUAGAGCUCUUCAGGAGCCCACUCACAAAUGUUUCUGGUCCUCGUCACAACCACGAACUAGCUGCUGAUUUCGGGUUUGCUGACCCUUUUGACCUCAAGUACUACUCCAAAGCAGAAAGGAUCUCUAGAUCUGGGAAACCUUCAGCUAAACAGGAUCAAUAUCACAAGUUAAGCAUGGAACCGUCCUGUUGAGUACCGAACCAGAUGUAGGUGACCAGGUCAUUCACGCUGGAAAUGUCAACCCAGCAAGUGCACUACGAAUUGCAAUUGUAUUGUCCAACUGCAAUUUUAAUAUGUUGUGCAGUUGCUGUUGUUAGCAGCAUGAA